AUGGCGAGUACAUACGCGAUCAUUAUGUACUCGGCACUUAUAGUGGUAUUGAGAGCCCUAACACUCAUACUGCUGUAUUUGCUGAAGGUACACGUGCCGUAUAUAAUAUCGAAGAACGUGUUCGAUAUUUACGAGUACAUAGAGCUGUGCAGAAGCUCAAAUUAUAAAUCGUAUAUGCGCUCAAGGCCAUUUUAUUACUAUAUAAUAAAAAGACUUAAGUUUAUGUACCCUAACAUAUCGGUUAAAUUUCUAAUGACAAUAUUCAUUUUCAUAUUUGACGUAGUGGCAGCAUUUUUCAUAUUCAGAAUAGUAAAAAACUUACUAGAAUCGUACAAAAGAGUCGAUGAACAUAAUAUUAAAAUUUUCGGAACAGUUUCAGUAAGUUGCAACGCUAACGUGAUUCUUUCAGGUAAAGCACUCGAGGUAUUUUAUAACUAUGCCACGAAUCCGGACGGAUAUAAAUACUUUCUGCUGCUGUUCUCAGUGUAUUCUAGCGUGUUUUCAAAUAAGAGUAAGUAUUCCGUGAAGGACAAGGAGUACUUGAAGGUCUUUGGAAACCGUUUGUUGAACUUCAGGUUCCCAUCGUGGAUGUGUGACCUGAUAUUUGUAUUCUUUGUACUUAACUCGUCACACAACUUCCUAUCGCUCAUGUUCCCAAUAAUUUACAUCCGGAGCUUCCACAAGGUGAAGCUGUCGGAUAGGUCAAUAAGGAGGGACGAGUUUAUAGCGAUAAUGAAGGAGUUUGUUCUGUCGAUCACGUUCGUCCUGGUGGUCCUAAACUUCUUCAGAUUUAAGCUUACACCAGAAUUGGAAAACCCGUACAGACUAUUGGACUCGAACCCAUCAAUAGACUUCUCAUUCAGCUGGUAUUUGAAUGAACUGCUUCCAGUGGAGUUCGUGAAGGGAACAUUGCUGAAGAACCACUUUAUCGGAUUUGUAUUCCCGCUGCCACUGCUGAUUGGAUUGAGGAAGUACCCGUUCGACUACUUAAUGAUAAUGACGUGCCUGUGCAUACUGACUCAGCCUCAGAUGUCGAUACUGGGGAUUACAUUCAUCCUGAUCCUUUUAACUGUGAAUUAUCAGAUUCUGCAGAGGACGCAGCCGUUCUCGAAGAUAGUAGGUGGACAAGCACAUGACACACACGCAGAUGCACACGAUUCUGGCGCUCCUGAUCAUCACAGUGUUCUCGUACGCCUCCUGGAUAGGGAGGUACAUGGCAAACCCGAACUACUUCUUCGGGCCUCAGAUCAUCGUACUGAUUCUCAUAUGACUGCCCUGAACCUAGCAGUGGAUAACAAUUGGGGAGGAGAUGACAGUUUAUCAAAAAAGGAACUGCUGGUUCGAAACGUAAUAGAAUAUUGCCUAAAAGCAAAAGAGUUAUAUGCUGAUGAAAUUGAGGACAUUUUAAUAGUUAAACUGGACGAAUACUUCAGCGUAAAUCUCGAGGACGGCAGUGAGGUUGAAAUAGCGUCGAUUCUCGUCAAGCUCCACCAAACGUGCUCGAACAACGACUUUUCGUUCGCGAACGAGCUGAUUGCGAACCUGCAGAAGUCGUCAAACCCCUCCGUCGCUGCACACGGUACGUUUACGCUCACACAGCUCUUCUCAGAGACGAGUUCCGAGGAGGAAGACACUCCCAAGCCAAAAUCCCGAGGUUUGCAGGCCACAUUUAUAACACACUUAGGUUCCAAGAACGUGACCGACGAGGAUGGGUGGACCACUGUACUGUAA